GCCGGCGGAUCCCGCAGCGUGCGGACAGGGGCGGGGACUAAACCCGAGGGCGUGAGGGCGGGAUCGGACUCGGGAGAUGGCGGCGGCAGCUGUGAGUGGUGCUAAGCGGCGCCUGCGGGCCGAGCUGAAGCAGCGUCUGCGGGCGAUGAGCGCCGAGGAACGGCUACGCCAGUCUCGCCUCUUGACCCAGAAGGUGAUUGCCCACAGUCAGUAUCAAAAAUCCAAAAGGAUUUCCAUCUUUCUGAGCAUGCAAGAUGAAAUUGAGACAGAAGAGAUCAUCAGGGACAUUUUCCAACAAGGCAAAACCUGCUUUAUCCCACGGUACCAGUUCAAUAGCAAUCACAUGGAUAUGGUGAAAUUAGCAUCACCUGAGGAAAUUUCUUCACUUCCCAAAACAUCCUGGAAUAUUCAUCAGCCUGGUGAGGAGGAGGUUCGGGAGGAAGCCUUGUCAACAGGGGGACUUGAUCUCAUCCUCAUGCCAGGUCUUGGGUUUGAUAAGCAUGGCAACCGGUUGGGGAGGGGCAAGGGCUACUAUGACACCUACCUGAAGCGCUGUCUGCAGCACCAGGAAGUGAAGCCCUACACCCUGGCCUUGGCUUUCAAAGAACAAAUUUGCGUCCAGGUCCCAGUGGACGAAAAUGACAUGAAGGUGGAUGAAGUCCUUUAUGAAGACUCUUCAGCAUCUUAAGUCCUGAUGACUGCAGCCAAAUAAUCAGUGUUUUGUAUGGAAAAUGUGUAUUUUCCGUUGUCAAAAAUUAGUUGAAAUUGCUCUCUAAUGUGAAUAUGGACUGCAUUGUUUUUAAUAUAAUUAUAAAAUACCUAACAUAAAACUAUCUUUAAAAAUCAAUAGAAGUGUAAAUAGUAAAACAUUAAUUAAAAUGGAGGCAGUCACUAUAUGAUUUUCAGGUUAACUUCCUGGUAUUAACGUGACAAGUUGAUCUUUCUGUUUUGAAAUUUAAGUUAAAUAUUUAUGAAGAACUGGGCUCUAACUCGGAGUGUGAGAGAAGGUAAACUUAUCGGAUUUGGACACUAUUUCAUUAAGUCCUGUCAUAUGCCUGUUCAGUCUCUGGCAAGUGUGUGAAGACUCAGCAAUUAUUAAUUGAUUUGUUGGUGUUUGCUUUGCGUACAUAGUUCCCCAAGAAUGUUAUACCACUUCAUCAUGACUUCGUUUACUCACCCUGAAAUUUUAUGUCUGACACUUUAUAGCUUUUGGUGGUUAAUUGACUGAAAUGUUUUUAUGAUUUAAAUACUUUAAUUCCAGUGUUUGGUUCCCAUCUCUGCUGUUCUGUAUGUCAGUUACUUAUGAGUUUGAGAUCUGCUUUCCUGUAAGUUAGAAAUUAUUUUUGUUUAUUUGUGGUUUCUGCUUUGGAAAUGAAAUCUGCUUUGGGCUGAAAGUUGGCAGAUGGCAUCACAGCUAGAGAGUGGUAAUUUUGUGGGGGAAGAUUUAGUUAUAACCAGAUAUGCAGGAGUCUUCCUUGAUGCUGCUCUCUCGCUCAAACCCCAUGUCUAGCCUGUCACCAGGUCCUGUUGAUUUUACCUCUGAAAAACCUCUUACCUCUGUUCUCUCCUCUCCGUCUUCCUGUCAUUCCUUUUACCCAGGAUCUUAGCAUUUCUAAGCUGAACUGGGCAAGAGCCUCAUCCCUGGCUUCCCUGCCCUCAGUCUGGACCUCUCCAAUUAACUUCUCAAACUACAGUCAAAGUGGUCUUAUAAAACAUGAAGCUGAUUGUAAAGCACCCUGAUUGGAAUCUUUCAGUAGCUGUUCAGAGCCUCCUGGGUAAUGGCGACAUGGCUUCUCUUGUGUAAAGUCCCUUAAGCGAGGUCUGCCAUCUGACUUUUUCUGGCCUCUUCUCUCCCCACUCCCGUAUUCUUCUGCACCACUUAUACAAACGUACGCAUAGUUUCUUGAGCAUUGCGGGCUGCUUCUGCUCUUUGCACCUUGUAAGCAUGCUUUUUCCUCUGAUUGCAAUGCCGUCUCCUCUCUUGUUCAUCUGGAAAACUCCUGUUUAUCCUUCAAGACUCCGCUCCAGUGCCGUGUCUUCUGUAAAGUCUUCCUCUCCGUUGCCAAGCAGAGUCAGUGUUCCUUCACUUGUUUGAAUAGCCCUGGCCAUUGUCCUCUUUGUUAUAUGGUCCUGCAUACCAAUUAUUGAUUAUCAUGUCUGUCGCCUUCACCAGACUGUGAGCUCCCAAAGAGCAGGGAUAAUUUUUAUAUUUCUAACGCUUAGUAGACACCAAGACAUAGAGUGGGUGUUUGAAAUUUUUUUUGAAUGAGUUAAUUGAAUACAUUCAGAAGUGUUUCUUUGAAGCACAAAUCCAAAUUCUUUGGAUAAUAGCAUAUGAUUUGAUGUUUUAUGCACAAAAGCAAAAACACUUAAAAAAUGUCACUUGUGCUAAAAUUAAACUUUCACAAUAUAAUAUGAGCAGUGAGAAAUGGCAGGGAAACAGGAUGUCUGCAAGUUAUAAAAUUGUAUGACUGUACAGGUUAGAAAUGUUGUUAAGGGUUACUUCAACCAUAAGGUUAAGGUGAAUGUUGGUAUAGCUGGCAUGACUCUUGGUCUGAAAUGGUUAAACAGGAGAAUUCCUGAGCUGCUGCAGGUUGGGAAACUGAAGCACCAUUGAAAUCGAUCUGUUAUUUUACCAAAGGAGAGCAUUUAAAAAUCACUCCCCAGCUCCUCAAGUGCAGACAGAAUACAGUCAACUGGCAAGAAGACCCAGGGUGCUGAGACUGAAGAAAGUCAGAGGGCUACAAGGUCUCUCACCUGGAAAGAAGGCCAUUUCCUAAUGACCAGUAGUGAGCAGUGGUCAUUGUGCAGAGGGUAUUGGAAAAGGAGAUAAAGCCCUAAUGAUGCAGGUGAUGAUGAUACUGUAACUCUAAUUGGGUCAUAAGCAGAGGCUGAGGACAAGGCCUUGACCCCAGGAAGCGAGCCAGCAUCAUGAGGGUCUCAAGUGAGGGGAUUAUUCAGGUAGACGAAAAAUGGCAACUAGAUCUGAACAGAAACAAUUCUUAGUAUUGGGGAAUUGGAAAUAUAUCGGAGCCCCAAGAUAUGUCAAUGAUUGCUGCCUAUUCUAAAGAACUGUGUAGAAAGUAAACUAUGUGAAGUUCUAGUCCAUCUAACAGAUAUCAAUAAGAACAGUGCACAUUUAAUCACAAAGUCCUACUCGGAGAUCAAUAAAUAUGUCUAGGCAUGGGUGGCUUGAUGUAGAAGCUCAGUUCCUGGUCCCUGUUCUUUUUUCUUUCAGAGAUCAUUGAGAUUGAGUUAAUCACAUUGCAAUUUAUUCAUGUGUUUACCUGCUUAUUUCUUCUACUUGGCUGUGACCUCCUCAAAGGCAAAGUCUCUGCCAAAUUUAUGGUUUACUCCAUUAUCUACCAGAGUCCCUAGAACAAAAUAAAUAGCCACUAAGUUCUUAAUGAAGGAAUGAACCAGUGUGCUUGUUGCCCUGUGUUUUGCACUUGCUGGUUUAUAUGUUGGUUGCUAUUUGCUGCUGAGAUUCUGUGUCCUUUCAGCAUUGUCUCAGGAUUGGAUUAUUCUAGAAUAGGUGUUCCAUUACUGCAGUUGCAUUGCCUUCCUUGGCCAGUCCGUAUGUGUGUGUUGCAUUAUCUGUGCUACCUGGCCUUGUUGAUGCUUUCCUUCUUUGCAUCUUUGUGGUCAUCUUCCCGCCUUUGCCCAGGCAGUCACAGUCCCUCUGCCCUUUAAGGGAAGUCUCUAAUCCCUGUGAGCACCCACCCCAAAUAGAUGUUUGUUUAUAUCUUUAAAAAUAAGUAAAUUUCUUUCUAAAUAAUAAUAUCUUAUACACAUUUGAAAACAUACACAAAAAGGAAAAGGAUGAGGUAAUUGAAACAAUGUAUUUUCUUUUCUUUUUUUGAGUUAGACCAACAGUUUUAUUGAAAGAUGAGAACAGAGCCACUUCCCCCGAGCAUCCUGGCAGCGUUGGCCUCAGUUACAGGACAUUAUGUAUCCUGCAGCCCUAGAGAGCCAGAAUAUGUUUUCUAUAAUUUAUAAUCUACUUAAUUUUCAAAGGAGAAAGCAAUGUGAUGGAGAUUUUUUAAAAUGUAUUGUUUUUGAAAACCUUGCUUUAACCUCUUUUGAAUGAUUCAAAAGUCUGAUUCUAAUUUAAGUUUAUUUCAAUAUUUGCUUUUAAGGGCUUAUAAUUAUAGCUGAAAAAGCUACCUUCUAGAGAUAAGCAGAUCCAAAUGAAAGCAGUACUACAUUUACUAAAGUUUUCAAUUCUAUCUACCAAUUUUGUAAAGUUUUUAAAAUUGAAAUCAGGCUAGUAAAUAUCCGUUUUCUUGAUGUGAAUCAUUCAUUCUUGCACAUUAAUCGGAAGAUGUUACACAGUUACUUUGUUAACAAAUGGGUUCAAACCUUAUUAAACUCCUUGAAAGAGAAACCAAGUUAGAAAAAUUCUGCUUUCAAGUAUUUUAGUUGUGCAGAUAUGAAAGUGUUUAUAGGUGUCCUGUGUAGUUUUUGGCAGCAUAAUCAUAUAGUGAUGAAAACAUUUCCAAAUAACCAUUUUCAGUCUGCUCUCUGCACAUCACAAGUCUCUUUCUGAAAGAAGUUCCUUUCUGUCUUACUGAGGAAACAUGACUUUUACCCUAAAGAUACAAAUUAAGUAUAUUUGUUUUUGGAAAUACUUGCUUAGGUAGCAAUUUGCUGGUGGCUAUUUAUAAUCUCAGAAAGGUCAGAAAAUUUGGGACACUCACCUUUGUGUGAAAAAUAUGUGCAAAACUCACCUUUAAACUUAAUGGCUUUUUAAAAAGUGUUUUAUCUUGACAUAAUCAGAGAAAUUUAGGUGGAUCAAAAUGUUUCUCAUGGAUACAUCCUAUCAUAUUAUAAAAUACUGUAAAUAUUCUUCUAUAUCUUAAAGGUUUUAAUUUUUUAAAGUUCAGUGCUACCCUCAGCAUGUGGUGCAUUUCUUGUCUGUAAAUUAUGUAACGAUAUUAUUGCUGAGUCCUUUAGCAUGGAAUCCACCCUCCUCCCCCUUUUAAAAAAUUCCAGUCAAUUUCCAUUCCAUUAGGGGUUAGAAUUAAAUAGUUUGUCCAAAAACAACUUUUUUUAAAGUCAAUUAAUUUUGAAGUAUAUAUCUCCUCCACUACUUUAAUAUCUCUAAUAUCUUUCUUGUUGUAGUGAUACUGUAAACUGGAACAUGUUGGAAACAUCUGUCCUUUUAUCCAAACUCCUACCCUGAAAAAUUUAUUCCUGUACUUAUUUCUUGAGAUUUUUGUCAGUGUUUUCUACGUGUUAUCUGGUGGUACUUCCUCACCAAAAAGAUGCAUCACAUUUUUUUCCCUAAAUUGUUUCACAAGUAUAUCAUGCAUAUUUCCAUGGCAGGAAGAAUAAAUGUUUUCUAAAUGG